AUGAUCUUAGGAUUUAUUGCUUAUAUCAAUUGUGCAAACGUUGGUACAGCAGUAUUUAAUUGGCUACUCGCCCUUGCGGGUUUAUCUAGUUUAUUUACUUGGGGUUCUAUAUGUGCAUGUCAUAUCAUGUUUCGAUUAGCAUGGAAAGCACAAGGUCACACUUUGGAUGAACUUGCCUUUGUGGCACCUUUUGGUGUGUGGGGAAGCAUUUAUGGUCUUGUUCUUAAUAUUUUAUGUCUCAUUGCUCAAUUUUAUAUAGCCAUAUUUCCUGAACAUGAUAAACCAAGUGCUCUUGCAUUCUUUCAAGCCUAUCUUGCAGCUCCUAUUGUACUUAUCUUCUAUAUAGUUUGGAAAAUAUGGAAGAAAACACCAUUUAUGAAGCCCAGUACAAUAGAUCUCGAAACUGGACGACGUGUACUUGAUACUCAAGAACUUAUUGCCGAAGAAAAAGCGGAGCGCAUGGCUCGACCUUGGUGGAAGAAAUUAUUGUACGAAUUAUGCUGA